AUGCUAGGCAAAGACCCUCCACCUCCACCUCCACCAGUGAACCUGAGCUCUAAAACAGCCCCCGCUGUUUUGAAGCUGCGGACUUUCUCCCCCAACGUGUAUUUCCCGCCUCAAACUCCUCGCUCUGAAAUCUCAGGUCCGGCACCUACAGGUCACUACUUUUUCUAUGGCUCCCUGCAGGAUCCGGGCUUACUCGCCGAUAUCCUGGGGCUGAAAAGCUGUCCACAACUCCGACCAGCAUAUCUGAAAGGCUUCAAAUGCAGACUUUGGGGCUUUUACCCUGCCUUUCUAAACGGGAAUCAAGAUGAUGUAGUGAAGGGAACUGUGUACAUGGUGCAAAGCGUCAAUCACGCAGAGAGACUGGCACAUUACGAAGGUCCCAGCUAUCAAGCAAUACCAUGUGAAAUGCAAUACACCGAUUGUGAGCCUCACGCACCGCUACAAGCGCAUGCAUUCCUUUUCGUGGGAAAUUCGCGUGACUUGAGUGAUGGGUCAUUUGACUUGGCGAGCUGGUCGGAGAAAAGAGCUUUGAUGAAAGGAAAAGUCUGA